UUGGUGAUCAGCUGCCGCGUGUUAUUAUUAUUUAUUUUUCUGAAUGUCCUCACAAACCCGCAAUAAACAUUUUAAUUGCGAACUGCUUGUUUGAAAGUGUGUUCAUUGUAAGAAAAUCGGAACGUUCUUUUGUUUGGUGACGAGUUUUCGGUUUUGUGACGUAGGACGUAAACAAGUUCACCAGAGGAGCUUCUGGUCCCCUUUUUGUGCGUGUAGCUUUUGAUCAUAAAGCGAUGACUAUAUUCCUUAAAUGCCCGGGGAGGAGAAACCGAACUGCUGCUUGAUUCGACCAUUUGGGAUUAAUUGUAUCUGGCCUUAUUAAAGGUAAACGUUUAAAAGCCGCCCACCUCGUGUGUCCAGGCCAUAGUCCGCUAGUGGAGGAUGAACUGGCUGUUUUCCUCGGGUAAAGGCUCCGGAGCUAUGCCUGCGCUCAGCGGGCUGCAGCAGCAGAGACAGCGGCAAAUCGAGUCGCUCCGAACGGCUCACUCAAGUCUGACGGAGAUCCAGAAGGAUGUGGAGUACAGGAUCCCCUUCACUGUCAACAACUCCACUAUCAGCGUCAACAUUUUGCUGCCCCCCCAGUUCCCCCAGGAGAAACCGGUGGUCAGCGUCUACCCGCCGGUGGGACACCACCUAGUGGACAGCAACAACGGUACCAUGGUCACAAGCCCCCUCCUCACCAACUUCGGGAUGCACUCUGACCUGGGGAAGGUGGUCCAGAGUCUCCUGGACGAGUUCUGGAAGAGUCCUCCAGCCCUGAUGACCGACGGCAACGGCAGCUUCCCCUACAACAUGUACAAGCCAGCCGCCAUGGCCCCCUACCCCACCCCGUCCUUCCACUACGGGCCCCGGCCCCUGGCCCCGCCACCCCCCGCGGCACUGCCUCACCAUGGGGGAGAGGCGGGCCGCGGGCCCCCGGGGGCCCCGGCCCCCUACGGCCUGAUAACGGACCUCCCGCUGGCCGUACCCACCGGAGACUCACAGGCUGGGGUGAACGGACACAUGUACAAGAUGCCCGACAUCCCAGAGAUCUUCCCUGAACUCUCUGACUUGAGUGUGUCCCAGCUGAAGCAGCUGUCGGAGGAGGAGGACGUCUUGCUGAGUUUCUUCGUCACGCUGCCGCAGCUCAAACUGGUCUCCAGCGACAAGGAGGAUCUGGUCUCCAGCAUCGUGGCGGUGGCCAAGAAAAACCUCCAGAUGGAGCCACAGCUGGAGGGAAAGAGACAAGAAAUGCUGUACAAGUACGACCAGCUCACCCAGAUGAAGAUGGCCUUUGAGACCAAGUUGCAGCGUCAGCACGAGCUCAGUGAGAGCUGCAGUGUGAGCGCCCUGCAGGCCCGGGUCAAGGUGUCGGCCCACCAGGCGGAGGAGGAGUCUGAGGAGACGGCUGACCACUUCCUGGAGGGGCGCAGCGACAUCGACGACUUCCUGUCCAGCUUCAUGGAGAAGAGGACCCUGUGCCACAGCAGGAGGGCUAAAGAGGAGAAGUUGCAACAGUCCAUCAACACGCACGGACCGUUCCCUACCAGCAUCUAACACACCAGGUCAGCUGGCGGAGGAAGAGGAGGUGGAGGAGAGGAAGAACACUACAACAGCAAGCCCCCACCCCCCAAAGAGGGGGAGAGAGAGAGAGAGGUGGUGAAAGAGGGAGGAAGGGAGGGAGAUGAUAAGGGUGAGGUUAGAGAGCGAGAAGGCGAGGGGGGGGGGGAAAGAGAGAAUGGUUAAGGAGAGAGAGGCAAGGAAAAGGAGAGGAAGAGAGCCCACUUCUUGGUUGUCUCUGUAAACGCCAGUCCUGUGACCUUUUUGACCUGUAGAACCAGAGCUUCUAGUGAGUGAGGAGGGCUUCAGCUAGGAGGCACCUCCUCUCUUCUCUCCUUGGUCCCCCAGAGGAGACUCACAACGAGGCUGUCCUUACAAGCUCCUUCACUGCCUGACCUCGGGGUCACGACCCAACCCCCCCCCCCCACCGCCCCCAAAGCUCUCCCCCCACCUCCCUGUUAGCGGCCUGCGGCGGGGUACUGUGUUCACCCCAGGGGUCGGCGUGGGGUCACGGAGCACGGUGAUGAAGGUGAUUUUCUGAAACGAUUUGAGAGGAACAGUUUUGAUGGAGUACUGCACAAUGCGCCAACGGGACAGUCCUGAUACUGUAUUCAAGUGUUGAUAAUUAUAGACUUUAUUGUGACCAAGGACACGGACAACCUUGUAUCAUAUACACUUAUUUAAACGUUGGGGUAAUAAAACAUUUAGAAUAA